CUAACCUACCCACUUCUGCGUGAUCUGAACUAGCGAGAAAGUGGAAACAUUAUAGUAAAGAUGAAAAUGAAAGCAAAGGUGUAUGGGUUGUAAAUUUUGCCAGUGUAAAUCAGCAGUUUAUGGACAAACUGUAUUUCCACAGUAUUGGAUAAAAUAUUCCUACUUGAGCGAUAUAUUGAUCAUUUACUUUACUGUUCAUAUACAGAGUAUCAGAUGUGAUACCGUUAAAAACUGGAAAUAUAUUAACCUUGAAUACGUAAAAACGUCUGUCAGGUUCUUGAAAAAAUAUUCUUGCAAAUUUAAAAACCAUCUGCAUAUAAAGCUCAGUAUUUUGUUAAAAUAUUUUGAAUACUACGUAAGCUGAAAUUUGCUAUCUCAACAUGGAUUCCUCUUUGGCUUCUUUGGGAGCAAACAUGUUGUCACAAUCAUCAGACUUGCCAGAGUUUGUGAAUAAAGUAGCAGAGAAAUAUAUCUGCUGUGUGUGUGGAACAGUGCUGAGGAACGCCAUGCAGCUGCAAUGUGGGCAUCAGAUAUGUGAGUCCUGUAUUGAUCCAUUGUUUGGAGAGAAUGAUGAAGCAACCUGUCCGGUGAUGUCUGAUGAGGAGUGUGAGCAGCCUUUCUCCAAAAAAGAGAUACAUAAAGAUAUGUGCACUCGUCGAGAAAUGAUGUCACUUCCAGUUUUCUGUUCCUAUCACAGUAAUGGUUGUAAAGAAACUCCUAUUUGGAAAAAGCUUUUGAGCCACACAGAGGAAUGUGACUUUAAACCCAUAGAAUGUGGUGAAUGCCAUGAAAACAUACCUCAGAAUAACCUGUCGAGUCAUAAGAAAUUUGAAUGCAGCCAUCGAAUUAUUGUAUGCAACCACUGCUCACAGGAAGUUCCCUUCUGUCAGAUGCAGAGUCACCUUGAGCACGAGUGUUUGGAAUAUCAACUGAAUUGUCCAAAUGGGUGUGAAAAUACAGUCCUUCGUCGGAGUGAGAUGGAUAGUCACCUACAAUCUUGUCCAAAACGAUCAAUCCCUUGUGGAUACAAAAGCAUAGGGUGUCAGUUUGUUGAUGUAGUCAAAGAAGUGGAGAAGCAUCAGACAACUGCCACAGAUCACCAUCUGAUGUUAGUUAUGUCAUUUUCCAAUCAAACAAGCGACCAAAAUCUAGCUCUGCAGAAUGAGAUUGAGAAAAGCAAGAAAGAGGCAGUAGAAUUGCAAGGAAUUGUUCAAGAAUUGCAUCAGGAAAAUCAAAGAUUGAAAGAAGAAAUGACACCCUUAGCGAAAUCUAUGAAAAAGGAUAUGACAAAAAAGUUAGUAACAUUGACAGAAAGGUUGAUAAAUUUGGAAAGGUUGGUUGAACAUCAGCCAAAGCGAGAAAUCCUUGAGAAGCAGGAGCAAGUUUUAAAUUCGUUGAGGGAGGACCUGAGAGUCAGUCAGGAGCAAAUAACUCAUUUAGAACGAGCAGGACCAGGAGGUGGAGGGUCACAGGCAGGAGGGUCUCAAGAGGUGAGGAAUCAGCUGAAGAGUAAUGAGAAGCAGAUGGCAAUUCAGGACAUUAGGCUUGCCGAGUUAGACCUGAGAUUCCAAGUGCUGGAGACUGCUAGUUAUGAUGGCAUUUUAAUGUGGAAGAUAAGAGACUACUCCAGAAGAAAGGAGGAGGCCAAAAGUGGGAGAACCCUUUCACUGUAUAGCCAGCCAUUUUACACAAGUCGUACUGGCUACAAGAUGUGUGCCAGAGUGUAUCUAAAUGGAGAUGGGAUGGGUAAAGGGACUCAUCUAUCAUUGUUUUUUGUGGUGAUGAGAGGUGAGUUUGAUGCUCUGCUUCCAUGGCCUUUCCAGCAGAAAGUUUCUCUGAUGCUGUUGGAUCAAGACGCUUACAGAAGACAUGUCUGUGAUACUUUCCAGCCUGACACAACAAGUAGCAGCUUCAAGAGGCCGACUACCGAGAUGAACGUUGCCACUGGAUGUCCUCUUUUUAUCUCUCACAGCGUGUUGGAGACAAAGACAUAUCUUAAAGAAGAUACAAUAUUCAUCAAAGUUAAAGUUGACACAAGUAACAUACCAAUUCCAUAAAAGAGACAGAAACAUGUACAGAAUUAUACCUUUAUGUAAAAUUUCUUCAUUCAUAAAUACCUAUUCAGUUUCA